ACGAGUUUGAGCAGGAGACAGUAUGUGAAGGGGAAGAACUGGAGAUCUGGUGCGAAAAAGGGGACAGAAUCGCGGUCUACUCGGCCAUGUUUGGUCGCACGCCCAACGGCUCGGACCUCUGCCCUCCCCACAAGCAGGGAUAUAUAGAUUGCCAGUCGGCUGACACGGUGUCUGAGGUUCGGACCCGUUGCCACGGCAGAAAGAGCUGUGCUUUGCUUGCCAACGAGAGCAUAUUCGGUGACCCAUGCGCCGCGGGCAUCAACAAAUACCUGUCGGUGUCUUAUGCUUGUGUGCCAAAGAAAAUACUCAAACAGCUCCACCGUAAGUCAAACAGGAGAAAAAAGAAGAAGAAGAAGAAGAAGAAGAAAAAGAAAAAGAAGAACAAGGUCAAAGGAGGUGUGAAACGUCUGACCACUGCGAGCCCAGCAGAAGGGGAAGGAACUUCUGGAUCCGCCUCCAAACUUCCAGAUCCGGAGUACGGGACUUUUGUGGAGCAGCCCAGUGUGACGCAGACGGUCCCAAGUGUGACGCAGACGGUCCCUAGUGUGGCGCAGACAGUCCCUAGCGUGACAAAGGAGGUGCAGAGUGUGACACAGAUAGUACCUGAGCUCACGUCUGAAGGGAAAGACUCUGUGCUGGAGGGAAGUGACCUGACAUCAUCCUCUUCUAUGCCAGACGACCCACAGGACUCCCCAGACCCUCAAAACGUCACUUUACAAAUGGUGACGGUACAGGAUGAACCAGAGACUACAAGCCAGCCUGAGGAAGGGACGGAUGUAGUGACAGAGGUAGACACAGACCUGCCCACCACCACCUCUACCACCACUACUACCACUACUGCGACCACAACUACCACCACAACUACCACCACCGCUAGCAUCCUAGAUGUUACAAGUCAGAAGCAGAAUGCGGCUGAGGAGGAGGAGGUCAACACUGACAGCCACCUCCCGGAGAGCUCCUCAGACACAGCGAGAGAUAUGUCUCACAGAAAUAGGGAAUCCCUUGAUCAUGAUUGGACGACCCAAGAGCCCAAACCAACGACAGAUGGUUACCACAAUCAGGCUGGAUUUGAUUAUCCAAAUGUGAAUGUGUUGGAUGAUUCAAACCUCCGAACUUCUGGCAGGAGUACCAAUACUCCAAACGUUGAAGGCAGCAGAAAUGACAAGGUCAAGGAUGGGAAUGUUGUGGGCAGGGUCAGUGGGCAGUCGACACCGUCCUCGAACCACGACCGCCCGUCAAACACACGAAAUUCUGGUACCAGCCGUGAUGCAAAGGAGGUCCGUAAAGGAAACAAAGGCAAAAAGAAAGAGGGAGGGGGAGACAAGGAGUCUGAGUCUCACUAUGUCACAGAGAGAAAUCUGACUGUGCUCUGUAUCAACUACACCAAGCCCGACGUGAGAUGGCGAGGGUUGGAACGCCCGAAGGAUGAGCGAUCCAUCGGUUUCCUCAAAGACUGGUUCAGUGUCUGGCAUUUUCUCCACAACCACGAAGAAAAGGCCUGGCUGUACUUCACGCUGGGCAUGUGUGGAGGGAUCAUCAUCAUGCUCAUCAUCAUCCUGGUCAAAGUUUGCAUCAACUUCCGGCGCAACAUCCGCGCCCGCCUUGACGUGUCCGAGCCCACUCACCGCCACGCCUACACCAGCAACAACCACAGCUCUCUCGAGGCGCCCAUGUUGGAACACUCCGACUCCAUCGAUCGUAUUGAGGUCGUCAGGUUCAGUCCACGGUCGACCCUCCGCAGCCUCCGCAGCAAUUCCAACAACAGAGAUAUCGUCAACUACUACGGCUGAUGUACGUCGGCUUUGGUUUCUCUUGUGAUAUCUGUAAGGGUGAUACCUAAUGUUGUUCACAUCGAAGGAAGAAGGAAAAGAUCAAGAUACGAUUGAAGAGACUUUUGGCAGUUUCCAGAAGGCAGCAGAUGGUGGAAGCAGUUCUUCAAGGACCUUGUCCCAGAUUCGUGUAUAGCCUCACUGGCUCACAUAUAUCCAGACAAUCUGUGUUGCUUAAAGUCGAGGAAAGGAUGGUAGCAGCAUUUAGUGGGUCUUACAACACAUACGGUGAGUCAUCCGUGCAGAUGGCAGCCAACCUCCUAAUAUUGCCCAGACUGACCACCUUAUGUGGGGGAUGGGACAGCAGUGGUCACUCAAGCGGACAGUCAAGUGGACCCUGGGAGCUUUGAGAUGCACAUCCUAACCAUGUGUUUGUUCUGAAGGCAGCCAAGGAGAUUGGAAAGUCAAAACAGAACGAUAUCCAGAAGCAGUUGUUUUGAAUUUGGUUCAUUUCUCAAUAUUGGGAACAUGGAGUUGCUUUGUCAAACCUGAUGUAGGGAGACGUUCAGGGUCACUGGACUGUUCUCAUGCUUAUGGUAUUCCAUGUUUUGUCAGCGGUAUUCCAUGUUUAUGUCAGCAGUAUUCCAUGUUUUUGUCAGUGGUAGUCCUGCAGUAUUCCAUGUUUAUGUCAAUGGUAGUCCUGCAGUAUUCCAUGUUUAUGUCAGCUGUGGUAUUUUUCGUUUGUGUCUACUGUAUUCUAAAUCUAAUAUCUGUGGUUAUAAGGGGUUUAUGUCAGUGGUAUUUCAUAUAUAUGUCUGCUGUGUUUCGUGUUAAUGUUUUCAGUAAGUCCUUGUUUACGUCUGUGUUAUUCUGCGUUUUUCUGUCUGUAAUUAAUCAGUGUUUAUGUGUGAGGUAUUCCAUGUUCAUGUCUGUGGUAUUCCGCUUUUAUCGAAAUGUAUAACAUUCUGGAUGCUUGGUAUUUCAUUUGCUCUGCAUUAUAAUCUCAUUUAUGAUGUAGUCUGCUUAAGAAAAAGGCCAAAGCAAGAUCGAAACCUUUCUCAUCCUUUAAUGUUCACCAAACAGGUUUUGAAGAACUCUGCCCAGCUUGAAUUCAACAAAUCAGAAGCAAAUUACAUAUUGACCAUUGUUUCAGAGCAGGGAAAGACAAGCUCAGUCAAACCAAAGAUCCUGUAUAAUAAGAUGGUUCACUCCUCUCUUUGAAUCAAUUAAAAAGGUGUCCUCAAAAUCCGGUGACGCCCUCUUCGAAAAAGCGCCCACUUUGCGAACAGAGUCAACCUACUUGAGUGGAAAAAAAUCAAAGUAAAACUAACAGGUUUUGUUUAUAUUAUAAUUAAAAUUUAUGAAUAACGCCUUUUUAAAUGUUAAUGCUGACAAAAAUCCUCUUCAAGUGGAAGGGGUGACUAUUGUCUUGAUUUAAUUUGUCUUUAGAACGAGAAGCGAGUGGUCAUUAAAAUAAAAUAAACCCAAAAAUCCGCUCUGACUGAACUGGAACAGCUGAUGCGCAUGGGGGUGCCAUCCCUUUUCUUCUUCUGGAGAAACGGAAGAGAGCUUCAAAACAGAAGACUGCAGCGACAUCUGAACCAAUGCGCGGACUUCCGCUGACACUUUUUGGGCUGAGUGAACUACCUUGUUAUGUACUAUCUUUGGUCAAACUAAGAAAAACAACCUUCAGACUUUAUUGUGGUCAUAAAAAGUUGCAUAAAAUGGGAUUUGUCUCAUCUUGUGAAGUAGAAUACACAGCAUGUGACUUUUCACGGCUCAUUUUUCGGGAAUUAACUGUGAACAAAUAUCUCUUGAAGCGAAAGCAAGUGCUCAAAAUUA